AUGUCAGCUACAUCUGAAUUCUCUUGUUUUCAGUCGUCGCUCGAGUUCAGAGUGCAUCUACGUUGCGAGUUCCUCAUGCUUGGCAUGGCUCGUGCGGCCACUCUGAUACGUCCGCAGGCCUCAAAUCGCCUGCAGGAUCAUCUGGAUCUUUUCGAGAUGAUGCGAAAAGAGGAUGAGAUCGUGCUCUCUGGAGGCAAUUCCGAGGACUCAGGUGCCUCAUCUCCAGUAAAUUUCGAGAGCGCUAGCGAUAUUGCCGAGGCCCUGCACUCAAAGUUAAGAAGUUCACCAGCACUGCCGCACUUCAUGUCCCUCCUGCAGCACUUGUUCAUGGUGCCAUCAGAUGAAAAGCAUCUUCCGCUAUGGCGCCUGUUCGAUUUGAUUCUUCAACAUCUCACACUUCAAGCAACGGUCCAAGGAAUGAGUGACGUCGAGGAAACGUUUACAUCUAACGUCGACAUGGAGGAGAUUCUAACGAGGUUACACACACAUUGCGACUAUGAACGUCUGGAGAGCGAUAUGGAGCGCAUGAAGGAAGAGUUGGAUCAGGAACGAGUGCGAGCUAUGGAGCUCGACAACCGCAUAGCUGACCUCAACGACGGGAGAGACAGCAUCUCAAGCAGAAUAUCCACAAUUUCGUCGUCGCCAUCGGAUCCUUGUCCCUCGUUAUCGCCAUUACCACCUAUCUGCCCACCAGCGACACUCCCACCACCGCCACCACCGCCACUUGUCCUGGGAGCAAUCAAGAAUAAUGAGACUCAGAAACGCGUGCCGAAGCCAUCUGGACCAUUGAAGUCGUUCAACUGGAUAAAGCUCACAGAGUCCAAAGUCAAAGGGACAGCCUGGGAGUUCAUUGAAGAUGAGAAGAUGUACAAGCAGGUAGGGAACUUACCUAAAUCGGUUCUGAACGGCCUGUGGUACUGA